CUUGCAGCCAAGACGAACGGCGAGGGAUUGUCACAACAGCACUCACCCUCAAGCGAUCACAUUCUUCAAUUCGAACAGCUGACUGACGAGACGGUCUGAAGAAGGAGACAUGUCGUACAUCCCUGAAAAAAGUGUCGGGGCGGGCCAGGCAGCGCCCCCGCCCUACGCGCCCGUGAACUACGGCUUCAACCACAGCCCCUACGCCCCUCAGCCAGCCCCCUCGCCCCUUAUGGUAGUGCCUCCUCCACCAGCUGCUCCUCAGCCGGCGGUGGUGAUGGUGGGCUCUGCCUCUCUCCCGCCCGGCGUCUGCACCGUCUGCAGGGUUGGCAGGAUCAGAGACACCGCCUCGUGCUGCACUUGGCUCUGGUGCUGCUUACUGCUUCCGUUUGGACUGAUCCCCGGCAUCAUCGCCUUCUGCUGCUGCUGCCGCCAUCCCAAGUGCAGCCACUGCGGCUACACCAUUGACUAGUUGCUGUUGGUGCUGGGGCGCGGGGCUCCGGCCGUGCUGGGCGCCUGCCUCGCCUCCGGACUGCCUGGGGGGGGCUCGGUGGCGGUCCACGCUGGCUGCAGGACCACGUGAUCAAGAUUAAUAUACUCCAGUAAUAAUUCUGAGAAAGUGUGUCUGGCAUAUAAAGCUUGAAAGUGUGGACAUUUGUUGACAUGUAUCACUUUAUUUCACAUAAUGCAAUGAUUCCUUCACUUGUGUUUCUUUUGAUAGUGAAAAACAAUGUUUACCUUCUAUACAUCACUUUAGUUUCAUAUGAUUAAAACAUGAAUUAUUUUCAUAAAUAUGAAGUUUUGGCAGCUAGUUACUGUGAUUUCGUGUGCUCGAUCAUUGUGUUAUAAUGUGGUAAUUCUGAUUAUGAAGAUAAAAUGUACUCUGCCAUAAGCCCUUGGUGGAAAUAUAUUUGUGGAAUUUUUCGGUAUAAAUAUAUGUAAGGAUGCAGAAAGAGAAUGAAA